CGGCCGCGAGAGAACCUUUGGGGAAAUCGAAACGGAAAGUGGCAACUGAAGAAGGCGAUGGCCAGAAGAAACCUCGAAGCCGGAAGACUGCUGAGGCGGCAAGUGGUGGCGAACGUCCUGUCGGUGAGGAGUGAGACGAAGCGGCAGCGUGCUGGCUCGAAUACGAGCGGAACGAUGGCGGUGAAAUCGUGGAGAAGGAGUUCCCCGUCCAACUGCUCAUCGACCCCAGGAAGGUCUCCCGCCUUAAAUCGCGAAACUGUGGACGACAUCAAGGCUGCGAUGCUGAGUCAAUUCCGCGAGAAAAAGAGGAAGAUCUGGACGAAAAACCCUUUGGUUCUGGCACCCAUCUACAAGCCGGUGACACGUAAGCCGGAGAAAGCUGACAGGGUACACAAAGAUGUCUUCAACCCAGAGGACAAGGACAAGUACUACUAUUACCCUGUUAACGGACAAAACACCGUGGCUGUUGUGAAGGAGUUGGAGGGUGAGCCAAUAUUUGAUUUGUGGAAGAUGCACUCGUGGCCGGCGAGAGUAGUGUGGUUCUCCGACCGAGGUUCGCGGGGUAUAGGCAGGACGUUGGCAGAAAAACAUUUAUCGCUCGCCGACAAGGAGUAUGUCGCUGCCGUUGGCAAUGCAUUAAGGCAGUGGAUGCCACUUGUGACGGCCGGUGAUGACGUUUUCCGCAAAGCCAUAGAGUUCUACGCGAAAUGGGUGGAGGGAAAGUUGUUGGGCGGCGACGGCAAGACGCCAUUGUCGAGGCCGGGCAAAUACAUGCCAGACAAAUUUUUGGGUCUGCAAGCAAUUCCGAAAAUGGGCUCGAAAGGGGCAGCUGGUGAAACGAAGAUGGGGUGGCUGGUCCGGGUCCCGCCGCCUCCGACCAAAAAGAAAACGCAAGCGGACGACAAGUUUUUCGUGGUCGUGAAGGAGCCAGACAUGUUCUGUUGGCAGUGUCUCGCCGACAUGAUCGAUGUCGAGAAACUGUCGAUCCUCGACAACAUUCUCGCACUAAGGGGAGUGUUCGUGCAAUCCGCAGGCGGGCAUCUGAAGCGUCAGCAUAAACCUGGAAUUAAAGACAUGGUCGCGGCGAGGAAAGUGGACUGUAUGAUGCUCCGUAUGUUCCACUACAUCUUGUUCCUUGAAACGGAGCAGGACAAACGUGUUUGGCGCUACGGGAGCCCUUUUUUCCGGAUCGAGGGGCGACUUCUGGAGGAGUUCAUGCCGCAGGGCCUCACGAAACAGGUGUGGGUCGAAAUGCGAAAGCAUUUCCAGGGCGCGGUGGAGUACGUGAACACUUGCAAACGUACUCUUCCGCACAAGAAGGAGUCCCUCGACGACGCGAAGAUAUUGUACGAUGAUGACAGUCGACGGAGAAACCUGGUGUUCGGUGUGCUCAAUGGGUACCACGAUGCACCUAGGGAGUCUGUCUCACAUUUCCUGAGAAGGCAAGAGCACGUUUACUUCACGCUGGCCGAACCGCUCACCCUCGAAAACUACAAGUCACAGUUUGACGAGGAGGACCCUUUCGACGCUGAAGACAUGGAGGAGCUGAGCGACUCCGAAACCUUCGAUUUUGAGUCCAUGCCACUUCCUCGGGUGGUUGGACAGGUUGGUGAUGAAGAGGAAGGUGGCCCUCGGAGAUAUAGCACGUCCCCUGCCGGUUUGAAGCGUGUGUUCCGGGGCGAACCAGUCGACGACCAAUCGUCUGAUGACGGGGAGGAAGAGAGAGACUAUGAUCACGAACCUUGUGACAGGCUCCUUCAGGACCACGACACCUGGAAGAAUGACAGACUCUACUUCUUCGGCAAGCAUCACCGGUUCACGUCGGAGGAUGUCUGGGGACACAACGUCGCUUGGCACCCGAGGAUAUUCCAACCUGCAGUGAAGAAUGGAAUGUGGGUCAUGGCAAUGAAGGAGGCCGAUGGCAAGUGGAGUGGACUGAAGAGACAGGGAGCGGGUGCAUUUAAGAGAACGACGAGACAUGCUCUGGUGGAGCAUUUGAGUCUUAUGAACCCCGAGAGGAGCGAUCCGGACGUCGCUGCGUAUGCAGAACAAAAGCUAAAUGAGUUGUACGCCAACAACAUGUUAGAGUUUCAAGCGCCUUUCUACACACUCGAAACGGCACCGUCUCGUGGCAUUGACUGGCGCAUGCCGCAACCUCUGUCGGGCGGUCAGCAUCCGGGAGGGGGUGGAGGAGGAGACGAAGGAGACGGCGGAGGUGGCGGAGGAGACGGCUCACAGUUGGCCAGAAAGGGGAUGGGCGAGGCAUCGUCGGUAGAGAAGGCGUCCGGCGGAAAAGGGUCAGGCGGAAAGGACUCAGGCGGAAAGGGGUCGGGCGAGAAGGGAUCGGGCGGGAAGGGGCUGGGCGGGAAGGGGUCGGGCGGGAAAGGGUCCGGCGGGAAGGGGUCGGGCGGGAAGGGGUCGGGCGAAAAGCGUAGAACGUUCGGGAGUUCCCAGUAUAUGGAAACUGACCCCCACUGCGUAGGGAGUCGAGAUUCCGACAUGCGAGACGAGGCCACCCUGAGGUCUGAUCAAGUGCGAGUAGAUUCGCACUUGUUUGCGAGGACUUUGUUUCCCGUUGCCGAGGAGAGUCCAUCCUGCUGAGCUCCGGGUGAAACGCAUGCUCUACAGCGGGGAGAGGAGACUCGACACUGGCCGACUCGGGAAGACGUGAAGAGGCUCCACGCACGAGCGCUUGUGAUCGGGACGUCCGAAGAGGUUCUGCACAGUCGUUCGGCUGUGGCCAUGAUGCGAGAGGGUGUCGUUAAGGGAGGUCAGUGGACGUUCGUGCAAGCUCCCGUUCUUGGCGACGAUGAAGACGAAGAAGAACCCGCAGUGGAAGCUCGGGUUCAUGACGAUGAGAAAGGCGAAGAACCCGUGGUGGAAGGCGGUGAGGUGACUGUCGGCAUCCAGACGGAUCCACAGCGGAAAGAUGGUGAUUCUUCGCCCACCCGUUGCGGUGAAGAACAGGGUGGUCGAGCGUCUGUCCUAAGCACCGCUCGGAGAAUGGUGCUUCAUGAAGCCAUAGAGUUGGGUGACGACUCGGCUGCCACCGAGCUGGUUAGCGACUCAGGCGUGGCCGAGAUGCAGAACGUCGAAUCCUCCGUGGAAGGUGGUGAGGUGGCCGUCAGCAUCAAGAUGGAUCCAGAGCAGAAAGAUCAUGAUUCUCCGUCCACCCGUUGUGGUGCAGAACAGGGUGAUCGAGUGUCUGUCCUCAAUACCGGUCAGGAAAUGGUGCCACAUGAACCCAUCGACUUGCCUAGCGACUCAACUGCCACGGAGCUGGUUAGCGACACAGCCGUGGCCGAGGUGCAGAACCUCGAAUCGUCCGUGGACGUUGGCGCAGUGGCGCGACAGGAGGGGCGAGUUCCCUUAAAGGCCUCCCGAACACGGUAAGAUUUGUGAAUAGGAGCACUCGCAUAUCUGUCACUAGCCAGCUCUGUGUUCGUCCAAAUCGAUGUCAUGGGCUAAUGUACCUUUUACCACU